UCUUCCCUUUAUCAUUACAGUUGCUGCCACCACAGCUUACACUACUUGAAGUGGGAUUCACGAAUCGCUUCCCAGAUGCCUCUAAACGUCGCCAUGUCUUUCUUCGCCCUUCUGGCCGUGUCCCAGGUGCUGGUCAUAGCUCAACUUGCAACUCCUGGCUCUGGUUACGGUAGUCCUCCUACUAGAGGUACGGGAACAGCGGGCAGUGCCGGCUCUCUCUCAGGUCAGCAAGGCAGCGGUCCAGCAGCAGGUUCCGGCCCAGGUGUCGGCAGUAGUCCACGUGCUGGCUUCGGCGCUGCCAGUGGCCAAGGACUUGGCCUUAACCUCGGCCAAAUCAUCGGCGGUGGUCCAGCUGGGAGCGCUAGUCACGUUGGCAGCGGACAAGAGGUUCCCGCGGGCGGCAGCGGUCCUUCUGGUAGUUUUGGUCAAGCUGGCAGCGGACCGCGCGUCACCGCGGGCAGCAGUAGCGGUCCGGCAUCUUACGCUGGUCCAAGGUAUGGCAGCCCUCAGGUCAGCAGGGUGGACGCAGUCUUCCACCCUACUGUCACCCAGCUUGUCACCGUCGACCGCUUCGUCACCCUGACUGACCAAGCUUUCCAGAGCGUGGCUGUCACCCUCGCUUCCCUCACCGUCCAGACUGUCACCACUGGGACACGCGGGGUGCUGCAGACGCCCGUGGAUGACCGCGUCGCCCUCCAGACAACGGUACUCUACAAAACUUCUACACUAACAGUCACGCACGUGCAGUCAGACUUCAGGAUUGUGACGGAAAGGUCUUUAGACUACGUGACCAUCACCCACACUUCAUACAUCAUCGUGCAGACUACCUACACCACCACAGCCACCCAAGUGUUGUCGUACACCACAACGCUGGUGCGGACCAACAUUAACACGAAGAGCACAGCGUUCACCGACUACCGCACCAUCACCGACACGGUCCUCGUCCCUGGAGGCUACUAUGGUUUCAGACAGUCUUAAGACUUUAAAGUAUAUUAAUUAGUUGCACACUGAAUAAAAAUAUUAAGAAUUGG